AAUAUGAAUCUGAACACGAUAACUUUCGAAAACUCGAACUUGAAAUUAUUAAUUAAAAAGCUUUUGUUUCAAGACGGUAUUACACGGCGAUCCGCUAAGAAAGGUAAUGGUUAGAGAGCCUACAUUCUCUCUAUAUAGGCUCUGUAAUAUUGGUCUAGUUCGACAGCCAUUUAGUGGCGGCACUGGUGGAACUAGCAGAAUUAGCAAAUUAGCAGUGAAGUAAUGUCACUGUAUGCGAUUGUAUCCUACACUUUAGAUGUAUGUCGUCUUCUCACAUAAAUAGUAGUGGCAGAAGCAAGUUCUCAAAUUAAAAGCAAAAUACCUAUGCUUUGUAUUUCGACGAAAUAAAAGUUAAGCUACAUUUGCAGUGUGUGAGUGAGGGCUGACAGUUGCUUUAUUGUGAAAUAUAAGAUGCUGUGGAAUUGGAAAGAGCACAGAAAAACGUAGGACGAUACCAAUCCGCGCAUGUGCACUACAUAGCUUGGUUUUCACGAGUAAUAGUACGGCCCACAAACUUCGUUUGUUCCUUCCGAGCUCCUUUGUUCACACGCAUCCUCCACUUGACUGCCAUCUGGCGGUCGUAAUCAUUCGGCACGACUCGGCAUGAUUCGGAAGGUUCCUUCGAAGCAGAGCGUACUAAGAAUCGAUGAAUCGUUGGAACUUGGAAUCGUCACGACUCGGAAACACGCAAUCGUUCUUACGAUUCUUUUGAACGACGAUUCGUCCGUAUCACGAUUCGAUUCUUACGAUUCUUUAUUUAGAGUCGUUCAAAUGAACGACUCAUUCACGAAUCGCCACAACUCUAGAAGGAAGAAGGAAUUGUUCUGCAACGUCGUGCUGAGUCGCAAGUUAAUAAUCUCUUAAUGAGUAACGAAGUGCAUCCUGGCCCGUCGCGAGCAGCACUUUCUAUUCUUUCCAUUCCUCGCAUGAGCAGAAGAUGUACUUUACGGGGUGAAGCCCGAAGAAUAAUUAAUAACAUAGUCGAAUGUUGCGAACAGGAAUGCGAAAGGAAAUACCUAUUCCAACCUCUCACUCAAUCGGCGAACCGAACAGCGACGUACACAGGAGCAAGCAUCAGCACCGUAAGAAGAAUUCGGAGAUUUUGCAUAGAAAAUCCUGGGAAAUUACCAGAAACUCCAGGCAAAAAGAGGCCAAAAGCUACUGGGAGAAUCCAAUGGAAUGAAUUUGAUAGGAGUGUUGUGAAACAAACAAUUGAAGACUUCUAUUUGGUGCAGAAGAUCGCUCCCAGUCUGCGGAAACUUCGGCCAAUACUUAAGGAAAAGAUUGGUUGGACGUGGUCUGUUACAUCUUUGAGGAAUACUUUGCUGUCCAUGGGAUUCAUAUGGAAAGAUAGGCAGUAUAAGAGAAGGUUAUUGCUAGAACGUAGUGAUAUUGCUGGCUGGCGGUCGCAUUUCAUUGUACAAAUGAGACAUAGUAGAGCAGCAGCCAAAGAAAUAUUCUAUGUUGAUGAAACUUGGAUUGACAGCAAUUUGGUAGUUGGAAAAUGCUGGCCAAAGAAUGCUGCAGCAGGCGUUGCAGGAUGGGGAACUUCCUCUAAAAGACUUAUUGUAGGAAGUGUUGGAUCGAGAAAGGGAUUCAUCAGGGAAGCCCAGCUAAAUUUCUGGGCAAACUCUGCAAAAGGAGACUAUCGUGGUCAAAUGACUUCGGAAAUCUUUGAGAAGUGGUUUGAGACCAUGGUUCUCCCAAAUCUUCCACCAAAUGCAGUCAUAGUGAUUAACAAUGCUCCAUAUCAGAACAGGCAGGUGGACAAAACACCCACAUGUUAUCAUACAAAGAUGCGGAUGCUGCAGUGGCUCCAAAAGAGGCAUGUCCCUUGUAGUGAAAGCAUGAGGAAACAGGUUCUGUUCUCAUUAAUUCAAGAACACUGCCCUAGUGAGAAGUCAUUUGUGAUUGACGAAAUGGCUAAAGAGAAAGGCCACUUGGUUGUCCGCUUGCCACCACACAACUGUAAUUUGAGUGCAAUGGAAUUGGCAUGGGCGAAAGUGAAAAGAUUGUUUAGGGAGCUCAGUGUUACAAGUGACUUGUUGAAUGAUGAUCUGCUUCAGCUUGUCAGUGAAACCCUUCUGUUAGUUACUGCUGAUGACUGGGAAGGGUACUGCACGAACAUACAACAACUGGAAGAAGAUUACUGGAGGCGUGACGCUGUCGUCGAACAUGCAAUAGAAGACAUCAUGAUUAACACCGCUGAAUCGGACAGUAGUGACGAUAAUAAGGAUUUAUGCACAGAUGAUGAAUACAAUGAAAGUGAUUCUGAUUGAGUUAUUUGUUUUUGCAAUUCAGCAUUAGAAAUGUUAAUAAAUAUUUAAAUUUGUAA